AUGUCUUGCCUCAGCUUCCCUGUGGAAGAGCUUAGCCGCCUGCGCGUGUGCGUCCGGGUGCUCGCCUCUGGGGCGUUUUCCUUCAGCGUUCAACCAUCGUUCGACAUCGCCAAUGGCUCACAGAAUAUGGGUGAUCCCAAUGCCUCUUGCUCCGUCGUCUUCGAGACGUCAUCGGAUGGGGAGGGACACACUUUGCAGGUCUACACGAAGAGCAACCAUCCCCCUCCGAUCGUACCACAUCAAGAGCCUGCCAGCACGUCCUUCGCCCCCUAUCCUGGAGGGAGCGUGACCGAUCAUAGUUCCAAUGUUGCUCAAGAAUUCGAGUUCAACAAUUUUGACAUGGCGCUGUCAGACUUCGACUUCAGCAGCUUGGCACAAAGUAGUAUUCCCUAUGAUUCUGCCGCCUUCGCGACCUCUUCACAUUGUGAAUGGCCCUCCUAUGACCAAUUGACGGGUGAAAGACACCUUAAUGAUCAUCCAAACUCAUCGUCCACCAACAUUCAGUUUGCGCCCAGCGAUGCUCCCGCCAUUGAUCCUGACGCACCCGUUGCUUCCGGUUCUGGAUCGCCACCAGAGGCGACUCAAACCCAGGGCGGCAUCUUUUCAGACUCGUCAGACACAGCCAGUCCCGAAUCAUCCUCGCCGGAGACACCCGCAGACAGUCCCGAACCACCCCUUUCAUCUGGACGGCGGAAGCGCACGCUCGCAUGUCCGAAGUGCCCGCGCCACUUCUCGAAUGAGUACACGCUUAAAGUGCACUCCCGCACCCACAAACCGAAGACGCCGAAGGCGCUGCCGUGUACGAUGGGAUGCAAUGAACACUUCUCGCGCCAGCACGACCGACUCCGGCACGAGGUCGUGAAGCACAACAGGGUCUGUGAAUGGGUGUGCACACAUUGCAAGAAGUUCUUCUCGUCGGAGCGGACACUCUCCAACCACCUAUGUCAGGCGCCGGGCGCACCGACACGUUGGGAGAUCAACUAG